AUGGCCUUGACCACAUCUCUUGCCUUCCCCGUUUCCUCUGCGGAAUCGGACGAGCGCUCGACAGCAGCAGCAGCACCGUCUUCAUUGUCCCUGGGGAUCUACUCCUCGCUUAGGCAUCACAAACCGAGAGGCUCGAUGACCUGCGACAAGUUCCCUAGAGUUUGUCGCGCCGGCCACCACUGCUGCAGGAAACAAUGCGUGGACGUGAUGACCGACAACCAGAACUGCGGGGAGUGCGGGAAAAAGUGCUGGUUCGGCCAAUCGUGCUGCGGCGGCAGCUGCGUCAACGUGAUGUAUGACCCCAACAACUGCGGUGGCUGCGACAAGAGGUGCACGAAGGGUUGCUUCUGCCAGUUCGGGAUGUGUAGCUAUGCUUAG